AGCGAUCGUCUUCUAAUCAAGGGUGGUAAAAUCGUUAACGAUGACCAGUCAUUCUAUGCAGACAUCUACAUGGAGGACGGGCUGAUCAAGCAAAUAGGAGAAAACCUGAUUGUGCCUGGAGGAGUGAAGACCAUCGAGGCUCACUCCAGAAUGGUGAUCCCCGGAGGGAUUGACGUCCACACUCGGUUCCAGAUGCCCGACCAGGGAAUGACUUCUGCCGAUGACUUCUUCCAGGGGACCAAGGCGGCCUUGGCCGGGGGCACCACCAUGAUCAUUGACCACGUUGUCCCAGAGCCUGGGACGAGCCUGCUAGCCGCCUUCGACCAGUGGAGGGAGUGGGCCGACAGCAGGUCCUGCUGCGACUACUCACUGCACGUGGACAUCACCGAGUGGCACAAGGGCAUCCAGGAGGAGAUGGAGGCUCUGGUGAAAGACCACGGGGUAAAUUCCUUCCUCGUGUACAUGGCUUUCAAAGAACGCUUCCAGCUCACGGAUUCCCAGAUAUAUGAAGUCCUGAGUGUGAUCCGGGAUAUUGGUGCCAUAGCCCAAGUCCACGCGGAAAACGGCGACAUCAUUGCAGAGGAGCAGCAGCGGAUCUUGGAUCUGGGCAUCACGGGCCCUGAGGGACAUGUGCUGAGCCGGCCGGAGGAGGUCGAGGCGGAAGCCGUGAAUCGGUCCAUCACCAUCGCCAACCAGACCAACUGCCCGCUCUAUGUCACUAAGGUGAUGAGCAAGAGCGCCGCCGAAGUCAUCGCCCAGGCCCGGAAGAAGGGAACCGUGGUGUACGGCGAGCCCAUCACUGCCAGCUUGGGGACCGAUGGCUCCCACUACUGGAGCAAGAACUGGGCCAAGGCUGCUGCCUUCGUCACCUCCCCACCCCUGAGCCCCGAUCCAACCACUCCCGACUUCCUGAACUCCCUGCUGUCGUGUGGAGACCUUCAGGUCACUGGCAGUGCCCACUGUACCUUCAACACCGCGCAGAAGGCUGUAGGAAAGGACAACUUCACUCUGAUUCCCGAGGGCACCAAUGGCACUGAGGAGCGGAUGUCUGUCAUCUGGGAUAAGGCUGUGGUCACUGGGAAGAUGGACGAGAACCAGUUUGUGGCUGUGACCAGCACCAAUGCAGCCAAAGUCUUCAACCUUUACCCCCGGAAAGGCCGCAUCGCUGUGGGGUCGGACGCGGACCUGGUCAUCUGGGACCCCGACAGUAUGAAGACCAUCUCGGCCAAGACACACAACAGCGCGCUCGAAUACAACAUCUUUGAAGGCAUGGAGUGCCGCGGUUCCCCGCUGGUGGUCAUCAGCCAGGGCAAGAUUGUGCUGGAGGAUGGCACCCUGCACGUCACCGAAGGCUCCGGGCGCUACAUCCCCCGGAAGCCCUUCCCUGACUUUGUUUACAAGCGUAUCAAGGCCAGGAGCAGGCUGGCGGAGUUGAGAGGGGUCCCCCGUGGCCUGUAUGACGGACCCGUGUGCGAGGUAUCUGUGACGCCCAAGACGGUCACCCCAGCCUCCUCGGCGAAGACGUCCCCUGCCAAGCAGCAGGCCCCACCCGUGCGGAACCUGCACCAGUCUGGAUUCAGCUUGUCUGGCGCUCAGAUUGAUGACAACAUCCCUCGCCGCACCACCCAGCGCAUCGUAGCGCCCCCUGGCGGCCGUGCCAACAUCACCAGCCUGGGCUAAGCUCCCGCACCCAUAGGCCGCUGGGGACAGGGGAUGGGACACCCGAGGACAUUCUGAGACUUCCUUUUCUUCCUUCCUCUUCUCCUCCCCCCACCUCCUUUUUUUUUUGAAGAGCCUGUGAUAGUUGCUGUGGGCAGCCAGUUCCUGGGGCUCCCCCUGGAGCCCUACACUCUGCCUCUCACCUGGGGUUACUGAAUUCGCUCACUCACUUCCCCAUCCCCCCCCCCCGUAAACCCCGCACCACACCUAGCCCCCCCCCUUCACCGAGCAGCGUGCGUCCCGCAGUCAGACGUCCGCCACAGAGCAGGUCCCGGCUCCUCCCUCCGCGCUCCGCGCCCGCAUCUUCCUUGUCGUGGGGAGGAUACAGUGAAUCGCCCUGAGCUGCCUUUUUGUCUUUGCUUUUUAAAUUUUUAAAAAGGCUGUUUUUCUUUUCUUUCUUUCCUUUUUUUUU